UUCGCGAGGAGCGUGUCACGCUGGUCGUGUGUAGUGACCGAGGGGGUCGUGGGUGAAGCAACGGGGCAGCUUGCAAAUACGACAGAAGCGUUGCGUUUGGCCAUUGCUCAUAGCUAAUUUGCUCAUACAUUGUCUCAUCUUAUACUGCAGACGAUCAAGAUGGAGGUAGACAACGUACUACAACCCCAAGACAGGAAUGUCGCACUCACGAGGGCCAUCGGAACGGUGACGCGCGCCACGGAGCAGGACCUCGAGGGCAUGUACGAAGACGCCGUGACUCUGUACGACUCUGCGCUGCGUGACUUCGACGCUGUCGUCGGCCAAGAGAAGAGUCAGGUGGUGCGGGACUGCAUGCUGGCCAAGAUGGACGCCUACGCGUCCCGCUCCAGCACGCUGAAGAAGUUCCUGUCGCGCAGCCGGUCGCCCAGCUCGGACGGCGGCGGCAGUCCUGGGCGCCACGGAUGGUGACGCCACCGAGACGUCAGGCCUCCUCCGACAGCGGCGUCGAGACCGGCUACGACCUGAUCAACAGCCACAACCUGUCCACCGACUCGGCGCCAGACGAGUCCCAGUACGCCACCAUCUACGAGCCGCGCAAACACCAGCAGCAGUCGCGCCGCCAGUUCCUGGACGCCUGCGCGGAGCAGGUGGAGCAGCUGCUGCAGAUCAUCCGCGACGAGAGCGAGCCGGAGGAGAUCCGUUGGCGCGCCCGCAAGCGCUGUGAGCAGAUCCUGGACUUCGCCGAGUCGUACCGGCGCGACUUCCUGCCGGAGGUGGCGCCGCCGGCCGCGGCGCGCACCGUCAGCGUGGCUUCGAGCGUGGCGCCGGCCGACCCGCUGCGUACCCACCAGCUGGUGCACGCCGAGGUGCUGCUCUCGGCCGACGGCGAGCCGGCCGACGCCGACUGCCCGGAGCCGCCCGGCGACGGCGACGAUGAGUUCCAGCCGCUCUGCUGCAGCAUCGACAGCCUCCGCUUCGCCGACGCCGAGUCGUCGGGCCGCUCGGACUCGCCCGACUACGCCACCGUGCGCCGCGCCACGCCCUCGCCGCGCAAGCAGCUGAGCCAGUCGUCCCUCAACCGGAUCGAGUGCGAGGCGGAGCCGUUGCUGACGGCGCCCGAGCGCGCCGGCUCGGCCGUGCUGCCGGCCAGCGCCCAGCCGCGCCGCGCGCGCUGGUGGCGCCGCCGCCGCCACGACGAGGACGACGACGAGCCGGAGCCGCUGGAGCGCAGUCUGGCCGAGCCAGGCCUGUUCUGGGUGCUGCUCGGCAGCAUCUGCGGCUAGGCGGCCGGCUUCUGACGGGGCUGGCGGCGCGGCCGCGGUCCCGGACGGCAGCAGGCGCGGCAGACCUAUUUUGUGCGCACCGGGGACGGGCGGCGCCGGAGCGACCGGCGUGCGCCGCCCGGGAUCGGGACCAAGGGAGCCUCGGAGCGGUGCAGGACCGGGAGCGGGCGCCUGCUUUGCGCGGUGCUGAGUCUGAGGCAGCAUGCCGGGGUGCGCUAGCGGUGCUUAGCUGCGUGCGUAGUGUAGACUUUUUUAAAAGGUGGAUGCGUGCGUGCUGACUUUGAGGUAUGCUUGAAUUGGCGUACGUCAUUACCCAGGCGUUGUAUUCCACCGGUGCUUAGACCAUCGUACACUUGUUUUCCAUCGGGGUCUUGACCCUGCGCAUAAUUGACGGCAAUCGCGGACAUGAACUGACGCGUGUGUAGCGUGCGGGACAUAAUUUGCCUUUUCCUGGAUUGCAAUCGUGUCUGGUGAUUCGUGCCUUCGCACGGCGCGCCCCUGUUUAAAUGGGUCUGAUCGUGUAAGUUCUGUGGAGUGUCCGCGGCGCUCGCUCGUCGAUGCCGGUGUUCGGAUGUUUCCGUCACGGAGGUGCUGUAUCCACCAACGUAGUCAUUAGGUCGCGUCCCGGGUAUGCUGCCUUCGCGCCGCGCUGUGCCGGUGCGCCGCGUGUGGACUCCGAGGGUCGUGGCGCGCGCCCCGCCCGAGCAGGUCGGGGCGCGGGCGCGCGGCCCGUGCUGGGCCAGUGCUGUCCGAACGGCGCCGCUCUGCAGCUGCGCGUGCGUCGCGAGCGCCACCAGUGGUGCCGGCCGCACAGGCCGCCGCCGAACCAGCGAGAUUACGGCAAUGGAAGCAAUAAGCCAGCAGCAGUCGUCCCGGGCCCCGAGCGGCCCGGGGCCACCGAGCCCGGCAGCUGGCAGCCGGCUGUGGAUCACCUGUACAAAGCCAGAGCCGGCCGCCGCCACGUGCGCUGCUUUAUUUUAUACCCGGUUUUUCAGGCGGUGACGGCAGUCGCCGGGCCCAGCCGCAGUCUGCGCAUGAGCUUCUGGAACUUGGGUUGCGGUACGCUCAGACGGCGGCAGUUUUGCCGCAUUCUCCACGUAGAUAUUAUACGACUAACCGCAUAGAUCGUGCAUUCCGCGCCGUCGCACACCGGCCGACCCAUGGAUUCCACACUUGCUAUCGUGUUGCGCUCCGCGAGUGUCAUGUGGCAUGUCUGCUGUCGACCUCGCGGUCCGUACUUUUUCUGGAGUGGUACCUCCGCUGGAGCUGAGGUCCCUUGGAGUGUACUGGAUCCGCAGCGCCUGUAUUUUGUAGUGUGGCCGGUGGUGUGUGUGGCGAGACGAGGUUGUCGUGGCCAGCGGAUAGCGCAUCAACCACCCGCCCGCUGUUUCCGCCUGUUCCGUGCCUUUCGGACUUUCCGCCUCAAAUAAACGCCGGCCUUUCCAA